ACACGCAUAAAACAACAAGGACGCCAACAAAAUAACAAGAUCAGAAUUCUAUCCCCCGGAAGAACAGGCGGAGGGGAGGCGAGGAGAGGAGAACGACGAGAGCGAGGACCCGAUCCCCGCCGUGCCGUCUCCUCCGUGUUUCCGAUCGGUCGCCCGGUCCUCCCGCUAGAAAUGGCGCAAGAGAGUUGGAAAGAGGCAGAGGAUACGGGUGUCCACGCGCCCGAGGCUCCGAUAAUGUGCAUCAACAACUGUGGCUUCUUCGGCAACCGGAUGACCGAAAACAUGUGCUCGAAGUGUUACCGAGACACUGUCAAGGCCAAGAAGAUGGCCCUUCUAGUUGAGAACAAAACUGCCGCUGCUGUUGCAUCGUCACCCACACCAUUGGUGGCCGAGAUCAAGGAUGAAGCGUCUGCCUCAGCCAAAGAAGGAAAACAAGUAGCCGAGGAGGAGGCGCCGAAGCCACCGAGCAACCGCUGCCUGUCGUGCCGGAAGAAGGUCGGGCUGACGGGGUUCAAGUGCCGCUGCGGAGACACCUUCUGCUCGAUGCACCGCUACGCCGACGCGCACGAUUGCAAGUUCGACUACAAGCAGGCCGGCAGGGAGCAGAUCGCCCAGCAGAACCCCGUGGUCAAGGCUGACAAGGUCACCAGAUUCUGAUGGAGGUUCUGCUGCAGGAGCCCUCCAGCUCGUUUAUUUCCUCUAUGAUGAUGAUGAUGAUGCUUGGUCCGUCAGGUUUACUUGAGAAUUGUGUGUCUACCAUCCUCCUGGAAUGUACUUUGCCGAUGAACCCGCCUUCGACAAACACCACCAACCGAUGCCCGUCCGACGGCCGUCAAUGGGCCAUUGCUCCGGGUUGGCCGCGCCUUCAAGGGCUGUAUAAUGUUGGUGUUUGUGUGGGAGGAACAUUCAUUGGCACAGGUGCACUUCUGUUUAUUUACAUAUAUCAAUAAUGUGAAUGUAAAUAUUUAUCCUUUAACAGUAUGCAGUUCAACUGAUUAAACUGUUAUAUGCUCAAGGCUUGGCAGGUUUCCGUGGUCACCUGUUAGUGUAAAUCAUUGUACAUUUCGGUGUGUUAUGUGUUCAAAUCAGCAAUACUUGUGCAUUUUA